AUGUCGCUUUCCGGGUUGAGGAAGCAAUUCAACAAGGCCAAUCAGUACCUAUCUGAAACGAUGGGCGCCGCAGAGCCGACGAAACUCGACGACAUCUUCAACGAAAUGGAAAAGAACAUCGACACCACUUAUUCGCUGAUCACCGACCUCGUCGCCGGCACCAAUGAGUACCUUCAGCCGAAUCCAGCCAUCGGCGAUGCGAUGAUGGACGUCGUCGUCGGCGGCGGCGGCGGUGGCGACGAGCUCGCGUUGCUCCUCGGCGGCACCGAUUUGAAGCGCGUGCUCGACGCGAUCAACGCCGCCGUCUCGCCGCGAUUCGCCAACUCGUUGACGGUCGUCACGAAGAAGUUGCUAGCCGUCAAGAAGGCGACCGGCGCGCGACUCGUCAACGUCAACACGAUGGCGCGAUUGUUGCGAAUCCCGCGUCGACGAUUGUACGACGUGAUGGCGGUGCUCGAGGGUGUCGGUCUCGCGCACAAACUCGACCUCAAUCGGUUUCGCCUCACAUUCGCCUAUGAGACCGAGUUGAUGCUCAAUGACUGUCGGUGUAUGAAGGCACACGAGGCGCUCAUCGACGAGGCAAUCGGAUGGCUGCGAGCGCAUCUCGACGAGACCGUCCUCAAUCCAAUCAACACCUUGUACUCGUAUGUGAGCAUCGGCGAGCUCGAGCGCCAAAACGCAAAAAUUGGAAUGAGACUGACGGCGGGUGUCGAGCUCGAGAUCGCCGAUCCGCAACCAUCGGGUGUGUUCCAACUCAAAGCCCGUAAUUGCGAUUCCGAAGUGUUUUUGAUGGAUUCGGGUCGGCUCAUCGAGCUUCAAAAAUUGUGA